AUGCGGCGUCUCUUCUUGUUUGCUCCGUUGCUCCUUCUGUACUGCACCCUUGUCACUCUUGCUGUGACAGAGCAGCACCGCUGCAUGUUUCACAAAGUGUCAACAGAACUUGGAACUACUUACGACGUAAGUAAACAUGAGACUCUUCGCACAUUGAAUUCCACGUCAACUGCUGGAACGUUGCAAACUACGAGAACUAAUCCUCCAAACAGAGAAGAACUUCCGAGCGGUUGGGAGUCGAUUCGCAUCAAACUCGUCUCUGAUCGUUUGAAAAAAGGUGAACAUCACUGUUCUGGAAAAGGUGAUUCGAAGACGAUUAAAACCGUGUUAAAGAAGGAUUUUACUUGCACAGAUCAUGAUGCUUUGACGCCAGAGAAGGAGGAAAUUCUUGUUAAAAAGAUUCUUCCUGAGGCAAUUAAAUUGCACGAGGAACGUCUUUUUGUUAAACGAUUGAGUGGUCCUAUUAUCGUGCCGCAGUUCUCCAAUAAAAAUGGUCUUUGCUUCAAGUUUAUACCAGAAGAGCAGAAAACCAGGAAUUUUUCCGGUGCUGACAUGGUGCUGUUUGCUGCCGCAGAACCGACUCCUGAGGGAACAUUCGCAUGGGCGGCAACAUGUGCGACAUUAGGUCGUAAUGGUCGUCCAGUUGUUGGGAUCAUCAAUUACGGUCCACGGUAUAUUGUGGCCACACCACAGCGUGUCCGCGUUGCUGCUCAUGAGAUUGCCCAUGCACUUGGUUUCAAUUUCGAGCUGAUGAAGAUGGAUAGGUUGGUGGGUAAAGCUGAUUCUUUGCGCGAUAAAGAAGAUGUUUUUGUUGUUUCUACAGAAAACACACGGAGAGAAGCCAUGGAACAUUAUAAAUGUAAUUCUGCGGAGGGUAUGGAACUACAAGGUGUGACCAUUGUACAAGUAGGACAACGUGCAAAAGCAGCAGCCAUCCUCGCCCAGGUUGCAAGUGUACAAGAGGAAUAUGAGCUGGGAGAAUCACACAGUAAUGUUAUGGAUGAUCCUUUGACAGGGGAGGAGUCUGUUGGCAGUGUUGUGCAAGAGAGACGUGGAGAAGAAGGUUCCAGUGCUGCCAAGUUUACAGAGAAUGUACAUCAUUCAUCAAAUGUGUGGUUGAAAAGCCGUUCAUUAUACGGACAAACCGCAAUGAUGGCAUCUGAACCUUCAAGCGAAUGCACGCCUGGCGAAGAUGGGGAGGUUGCAGGUGGUAAACAGUGUAUUGUUGAGGCACCAGUGUUUAUUUCAAACCACAAAGGUAAGAUGACACGUUCUCACUGGAGUCGUCGUAUUGCAAAGGACGAGUUAAUGGUUGAUCUCGUCGGUGCUGGGUACUACACCGCAAUUACAAUGGGAGCUUUCGCUGAUCUGGGCUACUAUAAAGUUAAUUGGACAAUGGCAGAACAGAUGAGUUGGGGCAAUAACUCUGGGUGUGGAUUGCUGGAGGAUAAAUGUGUGGAGGGAGGCAGUACUAAAUUCCCUGAUAUGUUCUGCACAACCAAGAGCGGUGAUAUCCCUGAGUCACUACAGUGCACAUCUGACCGCCAGUCGAUGGGGAGGUGCAGCAGCAUUGGGGCUAACCCCGUUAAGAAUGAUCUUCCGGUGGGAUUCCGAUACUUUUCUGACAGCAAAACGGUUGGUUCAGAAGAAUCUGAAGAAAUGGAUUACUGUCCGUUUGUUAAGGCAUUACCGCAAAAGAGCUGCAUCAGUGUUGAGAAGAGUAAUAACAUGCCUGGAAGUAAGAUUGGUAUGAACUCCCGUUGUGUGGAGGGUAAGGAACUAAAGACUAAAGAUGAUGCAGCAGUUGGUGCCGUGUGUGUGGAGGUGUCUUGCAAGUUCAACAAGGUAAUUGUGCGGUACAGUGGAAACGAUAAGUGGUACAGUUGUCCUGAAGGAACAAAUCUAACUGUGAAUGGAAGUGUACUGCAGGGUAAAAUCGUGUGCCCCAAAUACGCUGAUGUGUGCAAUACAAUCAACAAAACCCUGGAUGAAUCACAAGGUCCAGCAACAGACCCAGACCCUGUUAAAGCAAUCCAAACAAGUCAACCAGAAGUCACUGAGGCCACUGGAACCGCAAGACCAAGUGAAAGUGAUGGUAACCAGGAAGUUACUGCACCGGUGGUACAAAAUGAGGCAAGUACUGCCACGGAAUCAAACCGCAGCGAAACCAAGGAAGAAAGCAAUACCUCAUCUGUGAGUGGGCAGAAUAAUAAUAUUGUUGCGGGAAAAGGCAUUGAUGGUUCUUUUAAAGCUUCUGUUUUCGCGAGUGUUAUGUUUGUUUUCUUGACACUCUCUGUGAUAAUGGCUCCAUGA